UGCUCUUUAGUAUCACGUCAGAACCAUCAAGAGAAUUUCAAUGCAAGGUAGGGAAAAGCACAAGUAAUAAAUGAUAAUCAUAUCCUACAAUCAUUGAGCACUGUUCUGUAUCUUGCAGAGAAUUGUGUUAUUUUUGCUAACUCAUAUUAAAGUUGCCAUACUCUAACUAUAAAAAGGUUUUCUUUUUAUUUAUUUAUUUAUUAUUUUAUUUAACGUUUGUCUCGGAUUCAAGUCUCACCUUUGUUUCCUUUAAAUUGCUCGUGGUAGGUGAUCAGGUACACUUUUUCCAAACAAAUAUUCGCUAGAUAGUCAAAGAAAUUCAAGUGGGACGAGUACAGAUAUAAAAAGCAAUCACGGGUGAUCUUAAACGUAUACCGUAAAAUGAGUACAGUGGUAUAUUAUAAAACAAGAACAAGGUUCAAGAAAAUAUAUAAUCAUCAUGAUAAGAUGAUAUAAACAAGAUUUUGUAAUCAAAUUGACGAGAAAUAUACUUCAGUGCUACACAAUUGUUUUUACUUUAAAGGUUAACUACAUGUAGCUCCGUGACCUUCUUGGUAAUUGUUCCGUGUAAGUGUUGGCUUAGAGUGGAAUACUCCACGAUACAUAUCCGCGUGUCAAUAAACAAAAUAAAAGAGAAAUGAAGAUGAUAUAAAUUGACAAAGUUAGAAGUUAGCCGUAAAUGCCCACGCUAAAUUUGGCAACUCUUGUAAACGACAAUAUAGAAGUGUGAACGGGCAGCUGAAUUCGAACGUUUCUGUUACGAAAGCUCAAUGAUGGAUGAGACCUAAGCUGUUGUUUUAAAAGGAAGAUAAAACGAAAAAAUUCAAAAAAAAUUACGUCUCCAAAAAAAUUAACAGUCCAUUAACAACCGAACCACACUGGGCUUCACAAUCGGCAGAUUGCUGUACCUUAAGUCGUCUACCAUUACUAUUUUCGGUGCUCAAUUAAUGCCGUUUUGGAAACUGCGGAUGUUAGAACGUUUUUCCAAAAACGUUAAGCAAAAUUCGCAAGCAUAAAUUACUGUGGCAACUAAUUUUUUGGUGAUUUUAUUUAACGUUUGCAAAAAUUACAAACUCUUGCUGUCCCAAGCGAUAUUAACUUAAAAGUAUGCUAUUGCGUAUUUCAAUUUACUUAUAGUUUUUGUGUUAGACUCAUCACAUUUAUUAAUAAUCUAGUUAAUUCCUUUUAGAAGACAGUCAUGUUGUGACAUUUAUAUUCCUUUUUUGCAGAAGUGAGAAUAGGAGAAAAAUUGUACAUGGACAUUGACCGCUUUUAAAUUAGCAGGAUAAUCAGGCUUUUGUACAUCAAAUCUUAAUUUGCUUCAAAAAACAUUUCGCGAGAAGCCGUUUCGUCCGAAAUCGUUUUCCUUUAGUCUGAAAAAGAUGUCUUGGUUUCGAAACAUUCCAGAAAUGAGAAUACUCUCAGACCACGAUCAGUAAAAACAAACCAUCAAAAUUAUAACCUGCAUAUUUAAGGUCACAUUUCACAAAACUGCAUUGAACAUAUUCUGAUAACCGCCUGACUUACAUCAACCUCGUUCCCAGGUUUUCUCUCCUACACGUCUCUCUCGCUCCGUAGGGACGGGUAGGAGAGAACCCUGGGAACGAACUUGGACUCGGGUGUGAAUAAGUACAUAUUCAUUUUUUUCUCUCUCUCUCUCUCUCUCUCUCUAAUUUCACUUACAUAUGUAAUAGAACUGGAACUCGAGGGAUUUUUAAUUGGGGUGUAUUGGUUAACAUCAAUUAAGGCUAAGAACCCUCAAAGACAGGAUGGCCUUCAAUAGUUUAGAGGGCAGCCAAGUAACUUUAUCGUAAUAGCCGUAGUGUGAUGUACUACCACAAAGCAAAAAAUGUUUAACACAAAAAAUUAAAAACAGUCGAAUAAUGAUGAAAAUCAAAAGGAAAAUCAACCAUAUUUACAUGUUACAAAUACUAAAACCCACCAAACCCACCAAACUGGAAAAAAAUUCUGAGAUUGGCAAUUUUGUGAAGUAUAUGUGAAAUAAUUCACAAUUUUAUUGAAAAUAUUAGCACCUCUAAGAACUAAGUAAAACUCACAGAAAAAAUGUAAAUUUUCAAGUAAAUCUAAAAAUUCCUCAAAAAGCUUUUUAGAGAUUGAAGUUUCUGGGUGUAGCAAGCUAGUUAACUUUACCGAGUUAAAAAGUAGCCAGCUCACUCAACUUUAUUACAUUUAAAUUUUUUUAAAUUUUUGAUGGCAACGAAAAGCUUUUAAAUUAAUUAAUAGUUUUUCAGUCAUGGGUGUAAAACACAUUGCCUGAUUAUUUUCUGGCUCAAAUUAGGCUUGUCUUCUCUGCCUUUCUUGCUUUAUCCAAAAACUAUAAAGUUUAAGUAAAUAUUUCCUUAUGAGGGGCUCAUUAAUUUUAAAAAGAAAAGCCCAACAGCUGUGGAAAAUGAAUAUUUAGCGACGAAACUUUUUUUGUGACAAUUAUAAAACAGGUAUUCCUCUAGAGAGGCUUGAUAUAUUGAUGAACUCAUUUUUUACUUAGAUUGUCACUGAUGAUGCGUGUGCUUCAAAGUCGAAUGAUUUUGUUUUUUUGGAUUGCCGUGUCCUGCCAAAGUACACAGUGCCCACAGAAUUGUAAAUGUUCUCCAUUUUGCGAAAAAGUCAGAGUGAAAUGCCUUGAAAGAGUCGUAGUCAAAUGCAAUGGUACUCACAAAGUACCAGACAGGAUUCCUUCAAAUGCGGUGAUGCUGUAAGUUUCUGCAAUGGUUAGUCUUGAGAUACCAAAUUUACUACUUGUUUCUCGUCUAAUUAGCACCGAUGCAUUCGCGACGCAUUAUAUGUAACUGUAAACAUCGGCAAAGUUUAAGGCUUGUCAGGAACUACUUUUUUAACAUUUCUUCUCAUUGUUAACUUUCAGUGAUGGAGAAGUUAAAGAAAAAACUAGAACUGCGUCUAUCGCAGAGCCUCGCGUGGCUCGGAUCAAGUUUGUGUAACAUUCCCGAUUUGUUAAUAUACUCGAUUUUAUCCUCUCGCAGUAAUCUCUCUGGAAAUUCCCUAGAAUCCAUAGAAGAAGAUGCUUUUGAAAACCUUGUUUUACUGAAGAAAAUGUAAGUACCAUAAUACUUUGAUUAUAAAAUUUCUUCAGAAUGUAACGAAACAUCAAGAUACCUAAGUACAAGGUUUUCUUGAGAAGCUGUUUGUUGCUUUGUAACCCAUAAUAUACCGACUGUAUUUUUUCAUGCGGUAAAUAUCUAAAUUCAUGUAUUUGAAGGUCAGUAGGAAUCAUGUAUUUUUUACUUUCAUGGCGACUGACGUCUUUUGGAUGUCAAAGUCAAUCCAUUUAAAAACAAAGUCUACAUAAAAGCAUUAGGUGGGUUCACACUGGACUUUUCGAGUGCAUUUGAAGUGCAUUUGAAGUGCACUUGAGACUAACUUGUAUGUAAACAGGUCCUUUUUCACUUGACUGAUCUUGACUAGUCGUACUUAGUUGCCACAGAAACUUCAAAACUUCAAAGUGCCGAAGUGCGCUCUCAAGUACGAACAAAACCUUCCUUGAGACUGCACUUAUCCAAUCAAAGCGUCGGAAGUUUAUUAUCAAAAUGUCAAUCAUUUCGAGCCACAAAUUUAAUUUCACUCUCGCAAGCGAGCAAGCGAGAAAUGAUUAGUGAAUGAGGAUGCUUUUGACCACGAAAUGUAGGUGGGUUUUUCUCAGUUCUGAUUCAUGAGCUAGUUCAGAAAUUUCACGAUUCCCGUUUUUCACUGUAUUCGACAGCGGAAAGGACGUUAGUGCAAGAUCUGGCUGUGGAAACGAAAUGAGCUAUAUUCCACAAGAGCGAUUUUCCUGUUGUGGGUUUCGUUGAAUGCAGUUUGUUCUUUUUUCAACUCGUUCAAGCAACUUUUUCGUGUCCACCUGCAGCAAUAAGCAGUCAUAAUAUAAGUCAACCUCGCGUCUCAUGAAAGAUACAGAAAGCCACCGGCUACAUUUACUCAAAAAGAUUCAAGCGAGCCAGAAGAUUGCAUACGAAAGGGAAGGAACAGAACAGCUCUAGCGUGAGAGUGGGGACAAGGUAAAAAUGAUUAAAGCGCUCAUCGACUAAAAAGAGAGGAGAGAUAUGGAGUGACAUUUACGACUAGUAUAAAGAUCGGUUUGUUGAAAGCGUUAGAAGGUCAGCCGAUAGAAAGAAUAAAUAAUCUUGAAUACGAUUUUAAAUACUUGAAGCAACGAGCUCAAAAUUCUGGCAAGGAGAGCUUGUAGAACGUCAAAGAAGGUUUCCCCUUACUUCGAUUACUUAGAUAGAAUCAUGUGGCUGCCGCAUUGUUAUCCUUUUAUUCUGACACUGUUCAAGAAGACUGUUGUCAAUAAACGGAAAAUCACCCUUUGUAAUAGUUCUCCGGCUCUUGUAUUCGCAGAAGUUUUGAUUAAACACAUGUGCGGCAGCGUUUUCCCUUGUACUUAUUAAAUAAUUAAACUCCUCUAGACGGAUUAGUAAUCCCGCCAAAACUGCUCACUUUAACUUUAGUGUGAACGCCAUUUUUUUACCAAAAGGUUUAGUGCACUUCCAGUGCUUUUGAAGCACACUUGAACCCAAGUGCACUUCAAGUGCACUUUAGGGACUAGUGUAAACCCACCUAAUAUUUCUUAACCCGAGAUCGAUUACUGCGUUUUUCCCCAUGUUACGGAAACAGUGAUUUUGUUUAUUAAAGGAUGACCAAUAAAAACACAUUCUUUUGAAAUACCUUUAUUUUUUGGCUGCGUAUAAUGCAAAAUGUAUCUUUUUAUUUUAGAUUCAUAAAGUUCUCCUCAUCCCAACAACCCGUCCAUUAAAAGCGGUUUAGUACUGCCCAGGCUCUAACUUUAAAAUGACCAUUUUUGACUGCAGUAAAAGGAAAACAAUCGCUUUACUAAUUAAUCAGCUUUAAUAUUCCAUUUCUCUUCUCAGAGUCCUUUCCAAGAAUCAUUUGAGGUUAAUUCCACCAAACACCUUCCGGAAACUAACAUCACUAACGGUUGUGUAAGAAUCGAAUCUUUUGACUGUGUAUAUAGAGUUGUAGUAGAAAUAAAUGGCGGCUUAUAAUAAUGGACGUGAAUCACGUGGAUCAUAAUUUCCCAUUAAAAACAUUUGUAUAUAUUUUUGAAAUAUUUGUUUUUCAUUUCUACUGGACGGUGGGAGCCGGAGUGGCUUCUUUCAUAAAAGCAACCUAUUUGCAUAUAAAAGCCAACACUAGCUUAAAUCCUACAACAACCUUGUACUACAUGCAUAUUCGCUUUUUUUUUUUUUUUGCAUACCUACCUAUGAACUAUAAUGAUAAAAACAAGUACUUUUAAAAUAUAACACAUUUUGUAAUUUUCCAGUUAUCUUCAGAGAAACCUUCUACAAGGAGGGUUUUACCUUCCAAAAACAGUCACCUGGCUGUAAGUACAUAGUUAAAAAGCAAAAGAUGUAGUAUCAAAAUGAGUUAAGAUAUAAGGAAAAUACAUCCAUACAUACGUUUUUUUGAGUCUCCCUUUACAGGGCUUUUCAGACACAAGUAAGUAAUUAAAUGCAAUUAGAUCUAGAAUCUAUGUAUUCAUUAAAAAUUCUACUAAAACAACAUAACAGAUAAAUAAUAACUAAUAACAUUAAAUAUACAAUUAAUACACAUAAAAAAUACAAUUAGCCAAUCUACAAAUGCCUCGUCGAACUAUGGAUUACAACUUGGCUACAACAAGUGAGCUAAGAUAUGGUGUAGAUUCUAAGGUGUAACGCCUAAAAGAGGUAAUUUCUGAUUUUUCGAUCAUGUAAGAAUAUUUUGGCUCUGAAAAAUACGCUGCCUAUUAAAAUUUUACUGAAGCAUCUCUAUUACUUGAACCGUGAAACAGAUACUAAUAAAUAGUAUAAAAUAGCAAGAGGCAAAAAAAAGAAGACAAUGGAAUUAGUGCAUAAUAGUGCGCUGUAUUCUACUACCUAUUUCAAAGGUGAAGUAAAAUCACUUUAACCUUUGGACCAUUCCGUCUUAUCUGGUGUCAUGCAUAUUUACUUUUUUCUCCUCAACUGGACUAAACAAGUAUAUCUUACUUUUGCAUUACAUUAAUAAUCCUUAAGAUUCGGUCCUUUUUUUUUUUCCAGUGAGCUUCAAAGGAAUCGUUUAUCGUACGACGAUUUGCAAGUCAUUCUAAAGGAGUUAAAACAGCUGGUCUUUCUGUAAGUUUUGACUUAAUUAAGAUAUGCAACAAUUAUUGAAAAACAAAACAAAUAGAAACUGCUUUUUAAAGUGAUACAGAACAGCAUAUAGAAUGAGAGCAAGACGUAUUGAAUGCAAAAAGGACUCAUCUGCUACUUACCUCUGUCAGCACUUUGACAUGAUCGGAAUAUUCGAUACAAUAUAAGAGAAGCCUUUUAGAUUCUUGAGGGACGCUUUAAAUUUCUUAAAAUUUCCCUGAUAAGAAAUUUUUAUUUUGACGAAGUGGGGAACUACUCCAAACACCCUGCUUCAGAAAGCAGAGCGAUUGAAGUAAUGCAGAAUAAUGAUGCCUUUUCUUCUCUCUCUUCGUGUUCCGAACAACACCACCAAAAAUGGCGGACGUGCUCGGCGAAAACGGAACAGUAUUAGACGAGGAAGAAAAGGCACUUAGCAUAAAGUAGUUUUUGAACUAGAGAAAAAAGUCUUUGGUAGAUUUUCUUUACGAAGAAAGCCAGAGGACUAUUUCUGAAUUUCUUAGUCGACAUUUAGCUUCUGAUGAGAACACCUUCCCUGUGCUUUUUGACAUUUUAUUCUCCAAAAAACAAGACUAUUUCCAAAUUUUGUUUUAUGCUUCCUUUUAUAUGAAAUAAAUAAAAAAGAACAAAAACAAAAUAAAUAGUAAACAAUAUUAUUUAACUUAGUAAACUUAAAACUUUAUUCUCCAAACAGUUAACUAGUCUUUUAGAUAAAAGCUAAUCCGGAAUUCCAGAAUAAGGUAAAUCGAUUCACAUGUGCAACGCCAAAUGCAAAAGCGAAUGGAAAUGCAAACGCAAGGGAAAAUACGUGGGAGCUACAUUAGCGGGAAUGCAAAUGCAAAAUCUUUUUUAUUCAACCUUUAUUCAAACAUUUCUAGUGUUGCCGUGCUGUUAGAUCUGACUGCAGCUUGGCGGCAUUAUUAUAAGACUCAACAGUGCUGUAAAUCAAAGUAUCAUCAGCGAAAGGGCGCAUCCUUGACGUACAAUUUUCUCCUAAGUGGUUAAUGUAUAAGAGGAACAAGAGGGGACAGAGGACUGUCUCAUGGGAUACACCUGAUAGAUCUGGCACUUCUGGGGAGUUGCACCCAUCAACGACAACUGACUGGCUUCGACAUGUAAGCCAUUGUGUUAGCCAGUUGUUAAGAACACCGCGUAUAUGGCUUGCCAUAGAAGCGCAGUUUCAUUAAUUUAGGAGGCGCUGGUGCGAACCCGAAUCGAAUGCUUUCAAAAACGUCCAUGAAGUCAGUUUGCUCACCUUUGUCAAGGGAAGCAGCUAUUUCUUCUACUGUAGAAAUUAAGCUGAAUUUCACAUGAAAAUUUUCCAUAAAAAUGGAUCAGUCGGGCGAUGGGAAACGAAGCAUUAAAUUGGGAUGGCCAGAACCAAAAAAUAACGAGACCAUUUAAGGAUCUAUAUAUCUUACUGGAUUUGAUAAAACGCGGCUAAAGAAAUUUCAAGUGUAUUUUAACAAUUUGAUAUUUAAGAGGAAUGGGAAGCAGUUAAAAAUCACUAGCUAAGGCUAAACAAUGACAGCAUUAUUGCUGUCAAUAGACGGUAAAGUUCUCUCGCAGAAGUAACAGGAUUUUGCGAUGAAAUAAACAACAUUUGAGACGUCCAGAAAUUGUAAUCUUUUUUAGUCAGUCAAACCGUGAUGCCCAUAUCUCAGUGUCGGCCGAAAACAGAUUAAGAAUCCACAAUCUUUGAGCACAGAAUAGGCUUUCUAAGACAAAAUCCCCUAAACUUAACACUCACAAAGCGUUUUUAUGCUCGGCACAAAGUAUUCUAAAAACACGAGCUCAACCGUACCUGAGAUUUGUCUGUCAACACUUUCGGUAAAUCACACAAUAAAUGACUUUCGCGGCAAUCACAACACUUCUCAAAACCACUCAUAAUAUUUCCACACCUAACACGGGCGAAACAUCAUCAAAUUACUCCGUAAAACUAUCGCUUUCUCCCACAUAAAUCAUCACAUGAAACUUUCCUCGACUCACUGACAGUCGAUUUAUUCAAGAUCCAGGAUGUAAACUAGCGGAUGAAAAGGAAACAUACAGCCCCCGUCUUCAAAACAAUUUUUUACUAAGUCUUUGGCCUGGUCAGAAAUCAGCAUGAAUUUCCAUCUCGCCGAGUAGAUUUCAACCCUAGAACCUACUUUGUGAGGCCAAAGACUUGUUACUGCCAACAACAAAGCUCGCAAUAUCCAAUCUUUCCGUCUCAAGCCCGGGAUCAGUCUUUCACCCGUGUAGCCCGAAUGAGACGAAAUGCGAGAAGAUAUUGGACGCAGCAGACUUUGCCAGAUGUGAGAAUUGUUCCUUCAUAAGGCACUGCCCGCUCGAGGGACCAGCAAUGUAAGAAUUGCCCAUGAAAUUUUAAAUUUGAAAGGUUUAGAUUAAAUUGACGUUAAUUUGCUCUCUCCAGGAAUCUUGGCUUUAACAACAUCGGACCAGUUCUGACAUCAGAUAUAUUUGCUGGCUUUUACAAAGUGAACUUUCUGUGAGUUGCAAAAUUGAUAAAUUUCAACUUCACAAAAAAGUACACGUUUCAAUGUAUGUAAGGGAUAUAACGCAAUAGGCUCUUUGCAUGACUUGAUCACGUGAUCAACUUUAGGUAAACACGAAAACAGUUAACUUUUGAAAAAUUUUGCCACCAUAAGUUGAAAAGCAUAUUAAAAUUAGGUAACCUGAGGAUUUUCAGCCGUAUGCAGCUAUUUUGAGAAAGGUUGUCGGAUAAAGUGCACGCGACAACCACGAAAGUAUUGUGGGUUGUUUUUUAGUACACUGUUUUUCAAGGAAAUUUGAAAGAAUGGCAGGAGAGGCCAUGGACAUAUGUCUGUGAGUGCUUAAGGAAAGCAACAAAAGUAGGUUCGACAGCUGCAGUGUCAGGAACUGUGUGUUGAUCAUAUCCCAUAUUACCUUUCGGGAUUGUCGCGUGCACAUUUUUUCCGACAACCUUUCUCGAAAUAGCUGUAUCUCAAAAGCAGCGAUUGCAACUGCCGCAGAAAGUUGGAAGCAUUUGUUUGAGAAAAACAACUUUUUUUGCCAUCCAGUCACGCUUGCCUGGUUUCCAUACAAAUCCUUGUAAUUUCAAAACUGUCAUGAAAUAUUUCUUAAGCAUUACUGGGCUCAAAACUCCUUUUAAUUCAUAACAGGUAAUUUGAACUCUUAAAUGCGUAAGGGAAAGAUAUAACAACAGUUUAAAAAUUUUAGAAUUUAUAAGGAUUUGUAUGGAAAACCAUGCAAGCGUGACUGGAUGGCAAAAGUUAUUUUUCGCAUACAAAUGCUUCUCGCUUUCGGCGGCAGUUGCAAUCGCUACUUUUGAGAUAUACUGUUGAAAAUUCUCAGGUUACCUAAUUUUGAUAUGUUCUUUCAGCUUGUGCGAACAAAUUUUUCAAAAAGUGAACUGUUUUCGUGUUUACCGAAAGUUGAUCACUUGAUCAAAGUCAUGCAAAGAGCCUAUUGAACAGUACUUUUGAAUCUUCACUCAAUUUGGUGCAUUUGAUAAAAAUUCUUAGUCGUUUCUGGCUUUUAGCCGUGUGUAUGGUAUAAAGGCGAAACGCACUUAAGAGCCAGGUAUAAAUGACUGUGUUGUUUUUUUGUUUUUUUCUCCCUCUAGAAGUUUACGUCGUUGUCGCCUUGAGAGAAUCGAGAGUGGAACUUUCAGAGCAAUGCAAAAUUUAACAUCCCUGUGAGCACAUUUUUCAUGGCCUAUUUGUCACAGAUAUACCAAACUUGUGGUAUUAGAGAGGCUAGGAGUCACGUUUACGGCAAAUGGCAUACGUGAAUUUGAAACACUUGAACAAUUUUUUUCAUGUACUUGUUGUAAAUACAGGGGAAUCAGUCGAUUCGCGCCAGCUUUGUCCAUACGAAUUGUUCUGAGCUCCUUUUAUCUGCUAAGUUUCCAUUUUGGGAAUUUCUCAAUCUGAAUCUGAUGCGUUUUACCGUUUGCCGUAAAAGUGACUUUAAAUCUCUCUAUUUUUGCUUAAAAUGGCAUCGGCCGAACGUUUUCCACUCAUAGUGUCGUGGAAGUAAAUCAUUUCGGGUUAGCCCAGUAUUAUAUGCUUCAGGCCUGUAGCAAGGUUUUUUUACGGGGAGGUGCGAUCUAGGGAGGAGGCGGGCCAAACGAGAACGGAGGAGCAAGUCUUCAGGGGGGACAAGGUUGUCUGAGACUGUAUUGCGAACGUUUUGAAAAACAUGAUAUUUCUCAAAUUUUGGAUCUUCAAAAUUGAUUUUUUUGGCCAGGAGAUAACUUUAUCAUUAUCUGUUAGACGGUGAAUAUGCAUAAGCCAGUGAAGAGAACUCUAUUGUGCCGCGAGUAUUACUUUUCUGGUAACAAAAACAGCAGAUAUUUUAAACUAUGCUCAAAGACAAAGGGCUAUUCAAAAAAAGAAGAAUUCAAAGAAAAAACCCUUUAGUCUGGUUUGUUCCGCCUCAAGGGUUGUUCUGAUACCUGGCAACUAAAUUUCAAUGUGAACAAAUUUGAAGUUAAAGUUUGAAUUAAAUCUUUAACUGGUCAAAGCUAAGCGUAAAGCUCACAAGAAAACCAUUGAUACUCUUUCAGGCUUGGUCCAUGCAAAGCCGUUUGAGGAAUUUAUGAACUAUCGAUCGCGCGGCUACGGACUGAGCCGUAUGACCGUACGAUCUGGCUCUCUCUGCUCGUAAGGUGUCUUUUCAUCGGUCGGAGAAAACGGCAUUAACACAGCAUUGUUUGUCAUUAUUUCCAUUGUUUUAGAUUACGGUAACAAACCAUUUCGUUUUAAGGGUUAGAAGAGCUGCUACAUGACCACUCUCCCCGGAAGGAAGAAAAAUAACAUGGCCGCAAAAUAGAUCCUUUUGGGUUCUAAAGUUCUCCUUUAUUAACAAAUGUUGAACCUUUAUUUCGGCAAACAAACAGUUUAGUUGAAAAGGCUUCUACAAAAGUCUCAAAAGUACAUCUCCUUUCCGAUUUUAACUUGCAAUAUCGGCCAAUUUACGCAACUUUUUAAACUUCUGGAUUAGUUUUCGUUUGCUUCUGCUUUGAAAAUGGAAUAAUAAUUACUCAGAGGCAAUACAGUGUAAAGAUCUGUAGAGGAAAACAACAAAAACUUGCCAACUUAUGAAAAAAAUGUACUUUAAAAACGAACUAAAAUAUUCAAAACGCUCUCGUCACGUGACUGAUGUCGUCAUGCCCCUCUUUUGGUCAUUACAAAAACUAUCAGGUAGAACAUUACUUUCCUACAAAUUUUCACUGCCGUGUGAUAAAAAGUCGACCCUCUACAGCCCUCAGCCUAGUCUCCCGACUUUUUCGCUCAUGUUCAUUGUCCCCUUCAAUUUUAAAUGCCUGACGUCAACUGGUUAUUUUUGAAAUGCCCCAAACAACCAAAACUUCAAAAAUGCUAUUUAUUUUUAAUUCGAAAAUGACAUCUUUUCACAGCAAUGAAAAAAGCUAAUUCGGCAAUAGUCACGUAACCGAUGAAGUCAUUACCCUACAUGUGACAAGGGAAGAUAUUUUAUGGCAAAUGUUACUUUGUUGUGGUCUGUCAUUCUUCUACGUAUAAAAUUGUAGAAGUUAUAAAGCUUUUUAGAAAAAUUGCCUUAAAGGAUUCUGGGAUAAUUUUUAUGAUAAUUAUAAUUUACUUUUAUAAUCAUUAUUAUUAUUAUUAUCAUCAUCAUUAUUCAUUCACAAUGUUUCUAGUGGGUUCUGAAGGAGAAUACCUCCACUUACACUUUCUUAAAAUCUUUGGCCUAUUUCUCGGCAAAGAUUUCCUUGCAGAUACUCCUCCAAAAGUAGAUAACAUCCAUCGAGCCAUAUCUUUAGCGUAUUUUUGUAUUUCUUCCGAUUAGAUUUAGCAAAAAAUCAGCUAUUUCGUCUUCGAAUAGCACUCGUGAAUAAACAGCUUGUUGGCAGCUUGGCGAUGGUUUGUUGCCUUAGCACUUACCAACCUCGAUCGUUUCCAAUCAAGCAUACCAUCGAUCAAUCUCGUUUCUAUUCAAAUAUACCAUAGAAUCGAUGGUAUAUUGCUAGCAUCUUCCAAAUAUGGUAAGUGCCAGUUGGUUAUGAAGAAUUAGCGGCGGGAUUGGAGCCAAUCAGAAAAAGGCGAAAUAUUUUGAAUGAAUAAUAAUAACGCUAUAAAUCCUUGAAGCAAUGUAGAGUUGAUGAAGGUUAACAGUAAGUAAAUUCAUGUGUUAAAAGCAGUUUGACAUCCCAAAGUUUACUUUGUGCAACCAUUUAUAAGCUCAAUGUCUUUUCCUAUUUGCAGUGACCUGUCACAUAACGACUUGUUUGAAAUACAACCGGGAAUGUUGGAAGGAAUUGGCGAUAAACUAACCAAUUUGUAAGUUAAACAACUCAACGCUCGGGUGGUGAGAGCAAAAUCAUUCCCCCGCUGAUAUGAUAUUGGACACACUGAAUUUUUUGAGGGUUUGAAGAUCAUUUGAGCGCUGUUAAAUGAGCGCAAAAUGUUAGCAGUAACUAGUCCGUUUUCGUCACGAGCCAUAAUUAACAAAGAAAGACGCCUUGACUAGCAAUCACAGCGAACAAAACGACCCCUACAAAGGUUCUCAUUACAUUGUGUUCGUCUUAACUUCAAUUGCGAGCCCAUGCGAUUUUUCGCUCUGGCGAAAUUUCGGCAAAACAAAAUUUCAAUUCUGCAGAAGGAAAAUUUCGCCAAGAGAGCAGCGAAAUUUAUGUUGUUCAACGAAAGUUCGCUGGCGAUUUAACGAAAUUCGUAACGAACUUUCGUCAAAUUUUCCAGAAAACAAAUGACAAAAUUCGGCAAACUUUACUUUCACUUCUUUUGCAUAGUUUUGCACAUCAUAAUAACCUACGGACGAUAGCC